ACUACCGGUAUACGUCAUCUACAUGCGGUCUCAUGAUAUUUUUCUUUCUUUGAGCUCCUGCGUCAGGAGUGUGCAGUCAUGGUAUGUUUUUUCUCCACGCAUUGCUAAUUUCUAAUUCACAACUAUUUCAAAGAUGUGUAUUUGCUAAUGCAUAUACAUACGAGCCAGUUGCUUGUGGCCCUGACUAACGUAUUCGCAGAGGUGUUUGCUAGCCAGCCACGUAGUUGACGUUAGCUAAGCGAACACUUCUAAUGUAUACUUCGCAAGAUCGCUAACUAACGUUACUGAAAGUGCUAUCAAGCAAUGUGACACAGGCUUCAGUAGAGAGGAAGCCUUAACUAUAAUAUAUUUGGUACAGUCAUUUACUAGUGUUUAUCUUGUAUCUAGGUAAACGUACCGAAGACCCGCAGGACUUACUGCAAGAAAUGUAAGAAACAUCAAACUCACAAAGUUACCCAGUACAAGAAGGGCAAGGAUUCUCUGUAUGCACAGGGUAAGUUUGCUACGGAGUUUAACGUUAAAAUCAAAUGUUAUUGGUCACAUACACAUAUUUAGUAGAUGUUAUUGCGAAAUGCUUGUAAAACUUAGGAGCUAGAAGCAGAGCUGCCAUGUGUCAUUACUUCCCAUUCCCUGGCUACUUGAACAUUCAGAUGUAUUUAUGUGUGGUGUCUACCUCGGCAUGCAUUAAUCCGGUAACAAUGUAUUUCAGGCAAAAGGAGAUACGACAGAAAGCAAUCUGGUUAUGGUGGCCAGACCAAGCCUAUUUUCAGGAAGAAGGUAUGCAAGAAUCAUAAUGGGGAAAAUAUUUACAUAUGCACUUUUCUGUUUGUUACCAUGUCUACCCUACUAGUCAGCACAUAAAUCAUUUCCAUAUUUUUAUGUUACAUGCUUGAAUCCUUGUGAUUUGUCCUGCAGGCUAAAACUACAAAGAAGAUUGUGUUGAGGCUGGAGUGUGUGGAGCCCAACUGUCGGCAAAAGAGAAUGGUGCCCAUCAAGCGAUGCAAACACUUUGAACUGGGAGGAGACAAGAAGAGAAAGGUAAUAAUACUGGUUCUCUUCAGUUUUGAGAGCCAGCAAACUGUGUAUAGUAGGGUAAUUGCAAAAGGUAGGCACUAAGCAGAGGGUGGAGUUAAUGAGAUUGACACUAAGACAAUUGAGCUUCUUAUAUAGUGAUUUUAAUCUAUUUGCAGCAAUCUGUGAAAUGUUAUAUUUUUUGACAUCUCUAUCCUUUUUCUUACUCUUUCAGGGCCAGGUCAUCCAGUUUUAA